AAUGACUUUCAUAUUCCAUGCGUUUUGCCCAUUCUGCAUUUAUCAAGCUCUCUGACUUUCUAUGCCUGCUUCAAUUUUGACGCUUUCAAAUACCCAAUCAUGUCGCCUGAUAACAGAAUAUGCUUGCUCUUUAUGCGCCGUUCAUAACUGGUCUAGAUACUUCUGUAUUCACCCAUUAAAGGCCAACUGAUUCCAGCACGACCUUAUUAAAUAAUUGGUAUGAAAAAAAUCGGCCAUUGACUUUUAAGGGAUCGAUAGAUAGAUAAGAGUUUAAUUACCAGAAGAUUUGUCUGCAGUUUCUUUGGCUCAAUGGGAACUUGGUGUAAGAUGUCCGAUGGAGGAGAUUUUGGACCCAAUACAGUUAUUUGCAGUACUGCUUUCGAUUCGAACUCUCUAUCUUUUACUCAUCUUCUCACCAGCUCUGGUGCUGCCAUUUACGAUGAUGAUGUUUUCCUGGGAGGAUGUGAAAAUUCUGUGGAGAAUCCUCCUCUCCACAGCCCAAGUUUCUUUUCUACAGCAGAGGACUCCAUGAAUAAAGACGGGUGUGAUAAAAAAGUUACCCCCCGUCUUCCCAAUAUAAAACAGGAACCAAUUAGUUCUGAGAAUACUGAAUCUGUAGAUUCGGAAACACACAAGAAUCCUUCCAGUUUAAGCAAGCUAUGCCCAUCCAGCAAAAUCCCGGGUAUUAAAAAAAGGAAGAGUCAGCAAAGGAAAAUUAUGCAAAUUCCCAUGACAGAAGGAUCGUGGAAUAAGCAGGGCGGCGCAGGCGUUCCUUCUGAUCUUUGGUCUUGGCGUAAAUAUGGGCAAAAGCCCAUCAAGGGCUCACCUUACCCUAGGUGCAGUAGCUCGAAAGGAUGCCCGGCAAGGAAGCAGCUUGAGCGCAGUUUCACAGAUCCCACUAUGAUUAUCAUCACAUACACAGAAGAUCACAACCAUGCUUGGCCCCCCCAUCGAAGAUCCUCUGCACAAACUCCAUUGGAGGUGCAGCCCGUUUCUUCGCUUGCCCCCAACUCUUCAGAUUGUGCGUCCCCACAGAAUGAAGAAAAGGAGAGAGCUAAUUCUGAAGUUAUGAACAGUUCGAUUGAGGAGGAGGAUCCAUAUAAUAAUAAUCAAGUUGUGGAGGACAAUUUAUUUGCAGAUUUUGGGGAACCUCCAGAAUUGGAUGGUAAGGAUUUUAGUAAUCAUUCUGACGAGGAAGAGGGCAGUACAAUGAUCGACCCAUUUAACCUCUUCGAUUGGUCUUUUUCUACAAACGAAAUACCAAUUCAUGAUGAGUGUUUCUAACUUUGCCUACAUCAAUCUGUAAAACUGCUACUGAUCGAUCUCUUCUUUGUAAUUAUUUGUCGGAAUCGAUUGUGGAUUUGAUUUUGCCCGCUUUUGCUUCCAUUAUAUUUUAACUUGUAAAUUCCUGGCAUCAUUUCCACUGAUAAGACAUUUCCUUUUUCUUUCAUACGACAUCUCCACAGAGGGAUUAAGGAUUUUUUUAUGAUGAAUAAUGCUCUCGACAGUAACGUACUGAUUUAUUU